AUGAGCGAGCGCCGUCGCCGUUGGAGCCCGGAGAGCUCGCGGCGCAGGCGCAAAGCCAAGCGGGACUCGAGAGAGCAGCUCGUCCUAGAUGACCCUUCCAUGGCGCCCGACUCCAGGUCCAUGGCUCCCGCAACAGCAACAGAGAGCACCUUUGCAAGCUCCUACUCCUACGCCUAUCCGGGCGCGCCCCAGAGCCAGGCGCCCUCUUCCUCAUUCCAGUACCAAACGUCCCAGCCCCCGGACCAGCAGCCUCUCCCCGGCGGCCCCGGAGGCCCAAUCACCAUGCGCAGCAACGAUGACCUCCGGACUUCAGCACCAAUGCCCAUGCCAGGACCGUCUCGUGGCCAUGACCGCGAGCUGGACCGCCGGCGAACACGAAGAAACCGUCAUGGCUCCCCCUCGAGCUCCGAUGCCCUGUCGCUCUCGUCGUCCAGCAGCUCCUCCUACCUGGAGAUAUCGCGGUGGUAUCCGAGCUUCGGGCGGUCGGGAGGCGUCCUCAACGCUUUUUUCAAGACGCCCUCGGAGCAUAGACAGCGCAUCCGGCGCAGGCGGAGCCUGAAGAAGAAGAAGAACAGGGGCAUAUUCGGGUUCGGCAACAACUCCUCGUCAUCGAGUGUGAACUCGGACAUGGCGUACGGGAUGGGCUUCGUGAGGAAGCCAAAGAGCCGGAACUUCAGCCCCAGGGGCGAGCGAGCGGCCGGCCUGGAGAGAUCGGAUGGGAGGCCGGCGCAGGCUCAGCGGCGCCAGACAGACAAGGAGAUACUCGAGAUUGGACGGAAGCUGGCCAAGGUCGCGAGGGAUUCGAAUAGGGAAGACUUGCGCGCCACGGGAAAGAGGACGCCGGGCCAAUUCUCGGCUGCGCAAGAUACCUGGGACAAGUACCCACGCCAGAACAGCGGCGGAUACGCCGCCUCGAGCCGUGGAAUCGCGCCCUCAAAACACGGUCGCCACUCGUCAUCCUCGUCCUCCGACGACGAGUGGGAGUCUGCGUCUGAAGGCGAGUACAGCAGUGACGAGAGCAACUCCGGCCUGGCGUACGGUGCCGCGGUGGACCUUGGCAGGUCGCCAGCGCCCAAAUCCUCGGUGAGCAGGCAGUCUACAAUGCAAUCGGCCCGGCCGCCAGAGGAUAUCAGGCCGCCGGACAGGAAGUCAUCGGUCGUCGACCCUAGGCUGUUCGGCCCGGUGAACUCGCUUCGCGGGCUCAUCAACACACCAUGCGGUUAUGACAGAAACAGCGUCUACACUAUUCCCGGGACCGCAGAACAGAGGUAUGCAGGCUCUGCGGGCACAGCGGAGAGCGCCUCGAUCGAGGCAAGGCCGAUGCAGACAGUCUACCCCGUGCAGACGUCAGACCCUUCGAGGGUUGACGCCGCGAGAGCCUCGGGCUCGUUCGUGUCAUCGCAGCCAAGUUUCUCAGCACUGUCGCGUGAGCCGUCCCACUCGUCACGCCGUCCCGAGCCACUCCCCAUCCAGGCUCCUAAACCCAUUGCCCCGGUCCGAUCUAGCAUGUAUGACGAGCAACGAAUCCGUGACUCGGAGCAGACCUCGCCACGGGAAUCUCGAGUCAGGCCGAGCGAGAACAAGACAUUUGCCGAGACAGCCUUGGUGGGUGCAGGCGUUGCGGCACUCGGCGCAGCAAUCAUGGCCGGUCGUGACAAGGGCAAGGGCAAAGAGAAAGAGAGAGACCCUGAGCUGAGGCAAGGCCGCCAUGAGAGGUACGGGCAUGACGACCAUCGCGAGGAGGGCACCGUCGUGCAGGACUCCCGCCGGGCCAAAGAACUUGCCCUCGAGAAGGAAAUCGAGAGACUUGAGAGGGCCCUCGCGGACCGCAACAAGGCUCGAGAACAGCGCAGACGUGAUUCGAAGCGGGACAGUGCACCGGAGCCACUCGUGAGCCGGGCAGCUGAUGCGGACGCGGAACUCGAUCGUGAAAAGAGACGUCGCGACCGCGAUUCAAGAUACAGUGAACCUGAUUACGGCCACGAACGACCGGAAACAAGCAGAAGGGUUAGUGAGCCUGGCGAGCGGCCAGCCGCUGUUGAUUCCGGCCAAACCCGUCGUGCUGAACUCCCGGCCGUCCCCUCAUCGAGCGGUGUUGACGUUUUCCAGUUUCAGGUACCCGACGAUGCAUUCAGAACGAGGGAUAGUCCAUUAAGAGCGGCUUCUCCCGUCAUCAUCGAUGUAACACCAGCACCUUCACCUCCUCUAGAAGAAGAGCACCGGAGGAGCCGCCGGGAUUCCUUCGAGGACGAGAUGCGUGACGCCAAGCACAUAUAUGACGAGUCCAUGCACUCUACGGCUCCUAUCUCGGCCGUUGACAUGGCCGCUGCUAUCGCAGCUACGGAAAGGGCUCGGCAUCAUGACGAGCCUGAACGUGGCCGCACGCUCCAUAAGACGCAGGAUCUUGUCCAAGAGGAAGCCAACGCCUACUACCACGCCCGCAGGAUGGCUGAGAGGGAGGUCAGCUCUCGCAGCCGCAGCAAAUCGAAGGAGCGUUCGGUCGUUGAGAAGUACAACAAGGACAGGGACAACGAGUCCCAGGGUGCCGAGAUUGUCCGCAUCGUCACCCCGCCGGAGAUGAUGCAGAAGCCGCAGAAGCACAAGUACAGCGAACCCAACGCGGAUUUCAGGUUUGACCAUCUGAUGAGCCCCAAGGACCUUGACCACUUCAGGCCCCAUGAGUAUCUAGUGCGCGACCCGUCUGCGGAACGUCCACGGCCUUAUCUAAACCUGGUCAUCCCAACACCUGUGCCUACACCGACGCCGGACAGUCAGAAAAAGAAAACUGUUUCAUCAAGGUCUCCCGAGCCGGUGGUGGAAGAACCCAAGAAGGAGGAGGUUCCCGAGGUUGUCAUCUCGCCUCGAGGCGAGGUUGUUGAAGCGCCGCAGACUCCGACGUCCAAGCGUGUCUCCUGGGGCCCGAGUGAGACCCAGCAAUACGAGGUCGAGAGCCCGGAUAGAUCGUCGGAGCGCAACUCCCGGUCCUACGAGAGGCCGAGGUCGCCAAAUAGGAGCAGUGGCUGGGGCGCGACGGCAGCUGCUGUUGCCGGCAUCGCCGCAGCUGCAGCGCUGUCCAAGGAUGACAAGCCUGAGCCAUCGAGCCGUGACGACCGCUCCAAGGACUCUGCGGGCGCAAAGUCGUCAGAGGGCUCACGCUCCCCGCCUAGCCGCAAGGUACUGCCCAAAGGCACGGCACCAUCUCGAUUUGACGAUGAACCCGAGGACGUUCCGCCGGCCCCCGGCCCGAAACCUGCCAGCCCGCGCAGCUCACAAAUGCCGGGCGCUUUCGCGGACGACCUCGACUUUGCGGCGACUCUGGCUGCUGGACUGCAAGACACAGGUUUUGACCCAAACAUCGUCAUCGAGGAUGCUGCGUACCGCAGACGCGACUCACCGCCCGGCUCCAACGAGCAUACCGGGGUAUACGUGCAACCUUACUCUGAGACUGUGACUGAUCUGGGUGUAAUCGAUGUUGACGAUGGGUCACGGACAUCACGGCAAUCUGGAUAUGUCAUUGGUGAGCUGGCAGACACGCCCGCCAGUGAGGAAGGCUCGGCUUUUGAUUGGGUCGAGGGCUCCUCCCGUAGGCAGUCGAAGUCAGAGAAGAGACGAUCUGUGGGCAGCGACAACGUUGAAGUCCAAGACCUUAAAGAGGGAUCUCCAAAACUCAGCAAGAAGGAGCAACGCAAGAUCGAAAAAGCAGCCCGCGCUGCAAAGCUCGCCGAGGAAGAAGAUCGGUCUACUCAACCGGCAGAUGCCGGCGAUGAUGACUGGAAGGAGGCAUCUACCUCGAAAAAGUCCAAGCGAUCAUCCAAACAGCCAAGACGAACAAGUGUUGGCUGGGAUGACGCGGACACGCCCGUGAACGACAGGCGCGUUUCGGUCCCAGUCGAUGCUUUUGAUGAUCUCGAGGACACCAAGCCGGUGGAUAAUGCGUGGGACGAACCGCACAGGACAAGCAAGUCGAAGCGCGACUCCAAGAGCUACGACCUGGCCGAAGAUCCUUCUGAUCGGCGGGAGAGACGCCGGGAAGAGAGACGAAGAUCAGACUUCUAUGAGCCACUUGACAGGGACGUUACUUCUGUGGUAUCUGAUACCAGGCAUGACGACCGAUCAAACGGUCGGGGCCGCCACCAACAUGACGAUGAAAGGUCUGUAGUCUCCGCGCCUGACGGCAAGAGAGAUAGCAAGCCGGACAAGAGAAGCAGCAAAGAGGAGAAGCGGAGCAGCGGUGGCUUCUGGGGCCUGUUGAAGGGGUCCAAUGGCGUCGACGGCGAAAACCAGUCAAAAAAAGAUAACGCCGGCACUCUUGGCGCGGGUGCCGGCCUAGCAGGAGCCGUAGCAGGAGCCUAUGUCGCAGCAGGCAGCCUUGCUUCGCGCUCUGAUGCCGCCGAAGCUCCCUCGGAACAAGAGGAGACCCAACACGUCAUCGUGGACGUGGACCAUCCCUCUGGGCGGCGUCCAGACAGCCCCAGUCGAGGCAUCGAUGUCUUCGACUUCCAGGACCCGGACAUUACGCCUCGGGUCAUCAAGCCUGCUAUCGAUCCUCAGUAUGGCGACCUCCUCCCCCUGCCACCGAGUCCCAGCGAGGAGCAGAAGCUGGACUUCGAUGUCAGCGAUGAUCUGCCUUCCCUGCCAGAUAGCCGGCCUGCUACGCCUCCCGGCCAAGAAAAGCUGUUGCCGCGGGAAAAGAGAGACAGCAGUCAGAAACGUCCCGCGCACUCCCGCCGCAGAAGUGCCUACGACGUGCCCCUCAAGUCUCCAAGCCACACCGCGAUCCCGAUCGCGUUCCGCAUGGGUCAGCGGUCAUCAAUUCCAUCCUCACCUAGAGUUGUCAGCAAUCCUACCUCGGCGCACCAGUCACCUGCGGUUGACACCCAGGAGACGUUCUCGAGUCCGUCUAACAAGAGGUCACCUCGGCCCCCGUCUUGGGACAGGCCGACAUCCUGGGAAAGCACUCGGGAGAUCAAGCCGCUCUACCUGAUCGAGCGCUCGGCUCACGCUGGUGCUGAUGGUGGUGGUCAGGAGCAUGACGACAGCGCCGAGAACACGCCGCUGCCACCGAGCAGAGAGUCGCCCGCGCCUGAAUCCGAAGACGGUGACGAUGCUGACAAGGAAGCACGUGUCCUCGAUUCCGCGCCGCUCUUCGUCGACACCGCGGUGGCCAGGACUGUCCCUCUAGGGUCGCAGGAAUCUACGCCUAAAGGGCUUACGCAAACCGAUUCUGGGCUGCCAGACUCCGCUCGAGAAUUUGGUACGAUUCCCAAGGGUGCGACUGGCCCCAGUCACAUUGACUCCGGUCUACCUCGCUCAGCCAAGGACGUCGACAUACCGCUCACGGAGGAACCGCACCAAAGCCCGUUGCUGGAGUCGAGCUACGCUACACCUACAGGGUCUCCACGUCUUGAAGCCGAGGCAAGGCCUCAAGUCCAGCGUGACGAAUCCACAGAGUCAAUUUCAGAUUUCAGGGACGCUCUGGAUAGACCUGCUCUCGAUGAGGACAUCGGCAAGGGCCAGUUGCAAGAUAUCAACCGGGGAAUCGAGGAGGAGCAGCCUCCCUACAAAGCGGAAUCCACUUCCGGGGAUAAGCACGACAAGCCAGGCUACUUCUCAUCUGCCUUGUCAAUGCUGCCGGCUGCAGGCCUAGUUGGUGUAGGGGCUUUCCUUGGACGUGGAUCGCGCGACGACACAGCGGCAAGCGUGGAAGACCACCCCAGCCGGGGCACUCAAGGAUCUACUGCAAAAUCAAUUGAUCAGCCGGGAGAUGCCAGCGUUGUUCCAGAAUUCGAGGCAAGUCAGGCCGGUACAACAGCCCCAAUUGAUCUGGGCGACCAGGGGCAAGCUCCGCCUACUGCAGGUGCCGGCAAAUCGGGACCGGACACACCUUUGGACACUAUCGAAGGCGCUGACGUCUCGGUGCCCAACGACUCGCCUGCAGCGCAUAGGCGCCCUGAAGGGACACUGUUAAUCAGUGAUCUACAGCAAGUCGAAGACGUUUCCCUUGACAUCAAGGGACUUGAAGACCAAGAGGCAUCUGUCAUUGACGACACAAGUGUCACUCUCCCUCCGUCGUCAACUCAACUACCCGGCAAUGAUUUGAGCACAAGCCCGAUACCGCGCCCAGAAGACAUGGAAACAAUUCCAGAGACACCCGUUGACACGGUCGAAUGGCCCGAGAGCACGCCCAAGAAAAAGAAGGGCAAGAAGGGCAAGAAGAAGCAGGGCAGCAUUGGCGCCGCUUCCAUUCCGGUGACGACUGAAUCAAGCGCCCAGGACUCUUCUGAAUUACAGCAAGACACACUCAACCUGGAGGAACCGAUUUCGAAGGCGACUGAAGAGCCAUCUCUUGUGCCCCAUUCCACAACGUCUUCAUGGGACCACAUUACCCGGGAGAAAGACGUGCACGAUACAACCGAGGCGUCCACCAUACCUGGCCCUCUUAGCCAAUCCCAAAGUCAGGUUGAAGAGCCCCAAGUCAGCAAUCGCAGCCGGAGAUCGUCUUCGAACGCGAGGAGGUUGCGGUCAUCACGCAGUAGCAUGUCACCACAUGGCAGUGUAGACCGGCCUGGAUCACCAGAUGUCUUCCACAGCGGUGAUGACGGCAUCGUGUCACCGCCUAGCGCUUCUGCCUCUGCCCGUAGCUCCACUGGGCAGAAAUACAAGAAGACCAGGUCCCUUCGAUCGUCGCGCAGGUCGUCUUUAGCUUCGCAGGGCUCUGGCCAUGGGAAUGAGCCUGGAUUGGGUGAGGCUGUUGCUUUUGAUCAACCUGGUACCAGCUUUAGGGAACACAAAGAGUUGUAUGAGGUUGAUCAAAGUUCACCUAUACAGCAACAUGGCGUCGGAGGAAGCCUCGAAAGCCCGCUUGAGGUCGUGGAACUACGGGUCUCAAGUCCGUUGAAUGUCGUUGAGGAGCACAGCUACGCCCAGCCCGAAAUCCAUGACGAGCCUGAGGUGAAGACAGCUGGCAUAGUCGACGAACCCGCUUCCGCGCAGCCCGAGCCGUUCUCGGGAGACGUUCAGCGCAUCGGAAGUCCAAUUGUUGAAGACGCACAGAGAAGCAUCGAUCUCGCCGAGAGCAGUUUGCAAGAAUCCACCCCAUCGGCUAUUCAUCACACCUCACCUACCUCGCCUCAAAGGGCUGAGGAAGGAAGCGCAGGAGGUCUGGCAUCUGAGUCACUUAAUGAGAGCUCAGGUAUUCUUGGACCAUGCUCAUUCCAGGACCCGCUGUAUGCAGGCGAUGAAGCUGUUCAACCCCCAAGUGAAUCUGUCAUUGAGGAGCAGCCGUCAGAGAAGCUCCCAACAGAUCUAUCAGGGGGCAUAUCGCAGCGCUCAGAGCCGCAACAAGCUGUACACGAUGAUUUGCAACAGAAAGCCGAAUCCCUUCCUCCUGUCAGUUCGGUGGAGCAGUCCGAGCAGCCCUUCAGCAGCACCAGCGUGGGAGAACCCAUCCAAACGCUACCGACUCCUAGCUCGCCGCCGCAUGCGGAUAAGAGCCUCAGCGAACUGGAGCAGUCUACUACUGAAGGCGUAACAGAGCCGGAGCUGCAAGACCCAAAUCCAAUUCUCGCUUCAACGGAAGAUGACGACUCUUUCACCACGAAGAAGUCCAAGAAGAACAAAAAGAAGCGGAAGAGCAGCACAAUCAUCGGUGGAACGGUCCAGUCUUCGGGCACAACCACGCCAGCGGAGCUCGAUCUCAACAGACAGCCAGUCGAGUCAUCUAUCGAGCCAUCAACAAGCCCUCAAGAUGAUGCCACGUUGGAAGGAUCGCCAUCCACGGUCAAAGGAGCCCCCUCGGAGCUCGCACAGCAGCCCGGCAGCACUGAAUUCAGUGGUUUGCAGCAGUCUGGCAAGUCCGUGGAACCGGCAGGUGACAGCAGCAAGUCGGUCGAGCCAAUAUUCCCUGUGAGCGAGAACAAGAGCUCCGUCGAGCCCCUCCAAACGGCGGAUCCCACUGUCCUUCCUGUUUUAGAUGAUGUCCCUUCCGAAAUUGCCAUCCCGGAGCUAGAGAAGCCUGACCUCGGAUCACAAGAGAAGCCCGGAGAUAUCCUCGAUGAAGACGAGAUAGCCCGCCGCGAAGCCGAGGCUGAUUUGAUCCGUGACGAGGAAGCUGAGAUCUCCAAAUUACAGUCAAAAAAGAAGCUCAAACCAAAGGAGAAGACACGCCUCAAGCAGUUGAAAGCCAAUGCUGACAGGCGCGGUGAGGAGGCCGAGGCCAUGGCACAAACAGUCUCUCCAGUCGAACGAGACAUCCCUGGAGCACAUAUCCCCGACAGCUCGAUUCAACAGCCUGCGGUAGAAGAAUCCACUUUACCGGUGACAGAGGAACCAAUUCUGACCGGGGAGGAGGCCAAGACUGAUCGAGUUACUCUCGCCACCGAAUCGCUGCCGCCACAAGUAAUUUCCGGUUCUGAAGAGGCUGCUCCAGGGAGUACUGAAAGCGCCGGCCCGUCUGUGGAGGUGACUUCGCAGUCCCAACAAGUUGCCGGAACUAGCCCUACGUCCGGAGAUUUUCCCCCGCCGCUCGAUGAGUCCACCCAACAGAGAGAGCUACAACCAGAAGCGGAAGUCGCCGAGGACGCUGAGGACCUCGCCCGCCGUGAAGCUGAAGCUGCGCUGAUCCGAGACGAGGAAGCUGAACUUGCCAGGCUCGAAAGCAAGAAGAAGCCCAACAAGAAGGACAAAGUGCGCAUGAGAAUUCUGAGAUCCAAUUCUGAACGACGGGCUCAGGAAGCAGAUGCCGCUGCCCCGCCACAAAAUGAGGAGCAAGACAAGGCAGACCUGGAAACGCCUCUCCCUGAAGAUCAAGCAGGAAGCAGCUCGCAGUCCCAAGAAGACACCACCCGCGACCCUGUCAGUCAAGACACGCGUGAGACUCGCACCGAUGGCUCACAGUCCAUUGAAGACGCGAUCCAAGCUUCAGACGAAAUCAGCGCCAGCACCCACCCACAUGUCGCCAGCAGCUUCAGUCACCCCGAGGGUGACUUAGGGGCGGCAAACGUGGGAGAAAGCACCCAGACACAGUCACGGACGCACGACUUGAGCCAAUUCCGGGCUGGGGACUCACUUGGCGAAGCAACAGUUGGCACUGGGCCUUCGCAAUUGGAGCAAAGUUUGGAAGAACAACCUGUGCGCCAGGUCGAGCUAGAAAGCGCUCAGUCAGACAGCACUCGGCCAGACAGCGCUCAAUUCGACGGCGCUCAUUCAGACAGCGCCCAAAUACCCCAAAUUCGCGUCGAAGACACAAGCGCAAAACUUGACCCGCUUCCCGACGAGUGCCACGCCUUGGACGCACCUCAAUCCCAAUCCAGACGGGAUAGUCUGCCACAAAUCGAGGAGGCUGCCUCAGACUCUGUUGAAAUGCAAUCUCGCAAGGACAAUUUUGGCAUGGCAGGCACUCAGAUCGAGGACUCAAAUCAAGCUCGAGAUGACGGCCCACCGUUCGAAGUUCAAGAGGACGUCGUUGCUGCUGGUAUCCAUUCUGGACAAGCCAGCCAAGCCCCAGCUCAGGAGCCUGUACUCGUCUCAGACAUAACAGAGGAAACUGACCGGGGGACCAACAUCAGCAGUCCAUUCGGUGGAUCUGAGCAGCCUGCCGUCACUGUCACCGAGCUGCUCGAAGACCCAGAGUCAGAGUGGCCAGUCAUGAGCAAGAAGUCCAAGAAAGACAAGAAGAAGAAGCGCAAGGGCACCAUCUCUGACGGCAGCGGCCAGAACUCUGGCACAGCGACACCCUUCUUUGAUGCCAGCGAGCAAUCACCAAUCGUCGAAUCCCGCGGUUUGACCGACACGGUGCCGGGCAGCAGCGAAGAUGUGGCUCAACCUGGCUCAUCCGAACCAAUGUUCGUCGAACAAGGCCAACAACCUAGUGCAAGCCUCGCCUUGGACGAUGAGACAGCUAAAGACAUCAAAUUGGACGAGACUACGGCAGGCCAGCCGUUGGAAGGCAGCAUUCCAGAACAGCAAGAGACGAGCCUCAGCCUUGGAGGAUCCGUCCCAGCCUCAGGGAUCAGCGAUGACAACAUAGGCAAGGACUUGAUUGAAGAGGCCGUAGUGACCCGACCUUUGGAAAGCAGUGCUACAGAACCUCAAGAAGUGAGCCUCCGCACUGAAGGUGAUGUUCCAGAAAACGACGAAGAAACGGUUCCUGCAAUCGUCGUCCCUAGAUCCGAGCGAGAGCAAGUUGUCUUUGACGAAGAGCCUGAGUCCCAACCUGUCUCCAAGAAAUCGAAAGAGGACAAGAAAAAGAAGCGCAAGAACACGCUUUCGGGAGACCUUUCAUUGCCUUCAGGCUCAGCAACUCCAAUCGCGAUAGACGAGCCGGAGCAGCCAUCCAGCCUCGCAGAGACACCAGUCACUUUGGAGGGCGGACAACCUGCCUUGGAACGUUCUUUGCCAUUGGACAUUACCGAAAAGCCAGCUCCGAUACCGUCUACAAUCGAAGAGACCUCGGCCACAAAGUCGCCGGUGUUGGAGACAGUACAAUCUGCUGAGGAGCAGCCCGUGCCACACAGCGUCAGUGAAGAGCCAUCGAAAUCGCCCACGCUUGGAGAUCUGCCUACAAGUAUCCCGGAGCCAGAGCCAGAGCAGCUUGCGCAGGAAGAACCAGGAUUCUUCAUCACCAAGAAGUCCAAGAAAGACAAAAAGCGGAAGAAAACGCUUUCCGGGACCAUCACGCCCAUGAAUGAAUCUGGCGAGGCAUCCUUACCUUCUGAACCUGCGGGAACUCGAGAGCCCAACCUCGGGAGCACUCAACACCCGAGUUCGCCGCCUUUGCCACCUUCUAAGCCCGAGCGAACCUCCUCCAAUGACCUGGUAGAAGAUACUCCCUUGCCCACUGAGCACGCAGAGGUGCUCCCUCCCGCCCACCUGCCAGAGACGGAGGGACUGCGUUCCACGCCUCUCGACUCCAAAACUGAAACCCCGCAAGUCGAGCUAGAUCAAGCCAGCCGACCUGGUCGAAAGAGCGAUGGCUGGGGCUUCCUCGCGGGUGCUAUCGCCGGCGCCGGUGUGGCUUCAACGAUCCCUCGCAGCCAUGAUAAAUCUCCUGAGCGCGACGCACUGCCAGAGGCUAUCGCCGCUGGACACAGUCCUAUUCAAACUGUUGGAACAGACACGCUUGCGUCUCGGCCUAGCCUCAAUUUCGCAGAUGUCGUUGAGACUGCCACGGCGUCGGAUUUCAAGGACCAGGAGCGAUCCGAAGCCACCAAAAUCAGCCGGGAUCAACCUCAAAGCCUGUCAUUUCCGGUCGAAGAAAGAGGUCUGCCAGAUGAGGUUGUUCAACAGCCAAAGCCAAUCCAGGAAGACGCUUCGGAUGUGAUCGCUACCCCCAAGGAAAGCCAAGAAGAGGACUCCGCGAGCCUCAACCGCGAUGUUGUGGAUUUCAGCCCGUCUAGUACUCAAAUCCCUUUGGAGAAAGAUGUCAAACAGGAGGAAGUGCUCCCUUCUGGUCACUUCGUCCAAGAACCGAGCAACAUUGAGGAAGUAGACCCUGAUCUUCAAGGCUCGCUAAGAGAGGAGCAGACCACAAUCUCGGAGCCUCAAUCUCAACUUGACGAUUGGACACAAACCUCUUCUUCUAAUAAUAAGAAGAAGAGGAAAGACAAGAAGAGGAAGAGCUCCAGCACUCCAUGGUCAGAGAUCGGAAGCGGUGCCCAUACACCCAUCACCGAAGAACCAAGUGCGUCCCAGGAUCUCGGCAUUGGUACGAACGAGCGCUCAAUGAGGUUCGACACUGGUGAUCUCACUCGGCCUCAAGAUGACUUGGCUAAGCAGCCAGGCCCAGAGCCAGAGCUCAAGGCAACCGAGGAGGGACACAGCGCUCUUCUCGCCGGAGACGAAUUCAGAGAAGAAGCGUCCUUGGGAGGCGUGCCGCAAUCUGGCACUGCAGAUAUCGCCAAGGACACAAUCACGUCGCCAAAGUUACACAGCACAGAUGGCGAUCGUGAUGCCACUCCUAUCGGAACAGAAGACCAAACACUCGAAAACCUUGGCUUGGGACAGAUCCAGAAGGGGAGCCACAGCAGCGAGACAAUCAGCAGCCCAGUUUUGGAACCCAAAGUCGACGACAGGAACGAAGCGCCCGUGACGGCAACUCAACCUCACGAAGAACUGCCCAUCUCUGCCGGACAGACUCAAGAGUUUUCGGACCGUCGAUCUCAAGAGCACGAUGAAUUCGCUCGUGACAUCGGUUCCGCAUCAACAGAAGCCUUCGCAACCCCACUGCAACUGCCGACCGGGACGCAAGAAGUUGAUCCUUGGGCUAAUACAGUUGACGACCAGCCCUUAGAUCUUUCCGUCGCGAGGGACUCCGGCAAUGACAACGCCCAGAUUGGCACUGGUCUCAGCCGAUCACUUGACACCGAACCUGAGUCGUCGACUUCGGUUCGUCAAACUGCUACAGAACCAGCAGACACGCCGGCAGAGCAAAGCUACGAGCCGACUGCCGAUGACUUGUGGGAACCCAUCCCCAAGAAAUUGUCCAAAAAGGAAAAGCGCAAGGCCAAGAAGGGCUCUCUGUCAACCGGUGUGCCAGAACUUACGACACCCACUCCUGAAGAUGACAGUCAACAGAUCUCCAGGGAGACAGCAUCAGAUGCACUUGGUAUCUCUUCUCAGCAAACUUCCCCAGUUCUUGGACAACGAGACGAACCCGUGGCGGCAGAUGUGGAAAAGAUCGACCUGGAUCGCUCACUUGAGCACGAGAAUGAGCCGAUAUCUGUGCAGCCGCCGGAAGAGCAGCCAUCCCAGGCACAUGAGAUGUCAGUGGAAGAGACGCCCGUUCUUUCUCGCAAGAUGUCAAAGAAAGAAAAGAGAAAGGCAAAGAAGGCGUCACUUUCUGCCUGGGAAGACGAUGUCGUCGAGCCAGUCGAGCCCAGCCAGUCUCAAAACCCAAUCACAGUGGAGACGCAAGGCCAAGACAUCCCGACCACUUCCAGCCCGAUCUUGGAGCCAGAAGUGGGACAAAAGGAGGCGAUUCAAAUAUCCGGUUCUGCCGACCCACAGUUAGAAGAAGAGGUCUCCGAAGGCAUGAGUCCAUCUACUGCGAAGGAUGCCACGGCCGAUGACGCAUGGGCCACUCCGAUAUCCCGUAAGAAAUCGAAGAAAGACAGGAAGAAGAAGGGCAAACAGUCCUCGUCUGGAUCGGUUUCUGGCAGUCAAACCCCUGCAGUUGUGGAACCGCUCAUUUUGCAUGGUGUAGACGCUGUCGAGAGUGGUGUACCUGUUCCAGAGCGAUCUGGCACUCCCGGUCAGCCUACAGACGUCAGUCAAUUCGAGGAUCACAAUGAUCGUCGACCGUCAGAGAUAGACACUUCUUUACCAGACAACAACGACAGGGGAUUUGACCUAUCCGAUCAAGCCACUGACGACGCCAGCGCCUCCCAGGGACGUAAGGAUCAUCGGUCUGCGGAACUGUACCUGCCGCUGGAAGGUGGCAAUGAUGAGGUGCUCACUGGACGUGGCGGAGACGGCAGCACACCAUCCCGUCACAGCGAUCAUCGGUCUGCUGAGUUGUAUGUGCCUGGAGGGGGACCAAAUCUCGAGGUACAGAAGUCAACGCCAGAUGAGGAUGACUGGGACAUUCCGAGCGACGACCAGUCCAAGAAGGACAACAAGGCCAGCAGCUCGCUGGCCGACAAGACCCCGACUCUAAGCACGCCUAUGGAAGAAUUUCAUCAUGUCAACAAAUACCAGAAUGAAGCAUCCAGGACAGACGCGGAGAGCUCAAGAUUCCUCAGGUCGCCUGACAGUCGUGGCAAGGAACUGGAGAAAAUGCAACCCAGCCCCGACCUGUGGGACGACGAGGACUAUUUCAAGCCAAAGCCCGCCACUUUCGCAGAGCCUAACCAGGAGCCUUUCAGCAAGUUUGACAUCCACCCAGCAGUUGCUCGCGGGCUCAACACGAGCCCAGACAGACGUGUAGGGGAAGAGCGCCCCCUGGUCGGCCUCGGACUGAUUCACCGUCAUUCCUCAAUUUUUCAGGAGGACCAAGGCCAUGUGCCCAAACUGCUCACGAUGACCAGUGACAACGUCUCGACAGAUUCGGUAGCAAUCCAGGAGGCGGAGGCAGGACCAUCGGGCGAAUCUUCGCACUUGGGUUCACUGACAAGAAGUGCCACCGUUCCUGCGCGUCCUGACAGCGCACGUCCUGGCAGCAGUCGAUCUUACGACGAGGGCCUGAGUCCUGCAGUAAAGCAGGUGAACCACAAGCAAUGGUUUACCUUCGAAACAGGCCCUGCACAUGGAGCCAAUGUCCCCUUGGCCCGGAGUGUGUCCCCCGAUAAUCUGAGGCCAGUAUCGCCUGGUUUGCCGAGAUCGCCGCAGUUUCCGCCGCCCAGGUCACCACAACUCUCGCCGCAACCGUCGCCUAGGUCACCACAUUUCCCACCGCAACAGCCACCCAGGUCACCACAGUAUUCACCACGAGAUUCCUCUAGUUUCGAAGCCGCCAGAGACCCGUCCAAGAAGGGUAGUGUAGCCGCACUGGCCGAGAGAUUUGGAGGGGCCAAGAAAGCCACUGGUAAGACAGGAACAGUUUCUGAUUAUAUCGACAACCACACCCCCAAGGACGAUGACCUUUUCGAUGAACCUGCCAUGUGGGAAGGGGCCGAACACGUGCCCCUCAGAGCCGCCCACUUGGACGUGGAUUCAGGCGAUUAUUGGGCCGUCCAUGACACAAACCUUGAGGAAGAACAAUCAGAUCCUGACAUGCAGCAUUCAGGGCCGGGAGCAGCAGCGACCUCGCACGGUAGGGAGCCAACAACACCCGGCAGCGACAAUGUGAGUGAACCACGCUCACAGCCUGACGUAGAUGCCGGAACGUUUACGCCUCAAAUCCCAGACCAAGCCAGCCGAGAAGCGGAGAUCCCUCUGGAGUCUGUGGUCGUAGAAAGCCCGGUCCUCGGCUCCCAGCCCUCUGUCGACUUCCCCACAGACGAGCAGCAACCUCCGGUGAAAUCACCACGCGAAUUGCCCGAAGCUAGCCCUGAUCUGCCCGGAAGCAGUGAGGAUGCGACUUUGCACGAGUUUUUGUAUCAGCCGCAGGAUUCACCUACGCCCCCAUCCAGAAGCCCCGUACUUGAGAAUGUAAGCAGCUUCGAAGAAGCGACACCAUCCAUCGAAACAAGAGAUGAUGAUGAGCCGGCAGCCGGGCCCUCGGUCAUUGACUACAGCCGCUCCCUGCCAACGGGGCUGCCCUCAGUGCAAGAAGAGCCGCAUGAGGAAGAGGCCGAGUCCAGCAGACAUGUCCUCCCUGCGGGACCCCGAGCAAUGACGCCGGACUUCAACCGAGAUAGCGGCGUUGUGACAGGCUCGCCUGUCCCGCCGCGAGUGCAUCAGUUCGAAAGCGCCCAGCAGCAACGAGACAGUGGUGUGCACAUGCGAGACCCGGGUGGAGCGUCGCCACGGCUCCUGGGCACACGCGCAUUCAGCCCGCAGCCUGCACGCCUGUCACAUUCCAGCACCGAGGACGAUGGCGCCAACCUCGAAGACAAGUCGCCGGAGCGGUCGUCAACUGCAGAAAGCGAGGCACAACGACGGUUCAGGGAGUCAGCCCCAGUCCUGGAGGCCCAAGAUGCACCGGUCACUCCUGAGCCGCGGAAGAACACAUCCAAGUCGCGCAAGUAUCCAGAUCUCGGCCCGAGCCCGGGGAAGAAGGCGGCAGCGGCUUCCCUCGCAGGAGGAGGAGCCCUGCUUGCGGCAGGGGCGGCGAGGUCUCGGUCCGCAUCGCCGUCUCCAUCGCCGGCAGCCAGCCAGAGGGGUGUUUCCGACGUGACCGACGAGCUGCGAGCAUCUGCACUGCCAAGGCAGAGACGGGCAGCAUCGUCCAACACGGGCAUCUCGCGCGCAAGAACGCCUGAGCCGCUCAGUCUCCGGGCCGAGAGCCCGUCGCUGCUGCGGCACUCUGGCACACCGCCGCUUCGGUCCCGACGAACCCGGAGUGGAGACCUGCGGUCGCUCAGCCAAUUGAGCAACAGGUCGCACGGCGAUCUUGGCGCCCAAGCUAGCAGCUCCCCAGCCUCCGCAGUCUCCGCAGCAAACAAGGCGGGCUCGCCCACCCCAGCCUCGAGCGACCUGGGGAGAGCGACAACUCCAGGCGCCGCUGUUGCCCAAGGAACCAACAACGCCCCCACUGCCAAUGAAGGCCGUGUCCGCUCCAAGGACAUGGCCGAUGUCUACGACGGCGUCGGCGAGGGCCGCUUGGGCUCACCCCGCUCACCAACCCGACCGCACAGCAUGCGUCGCCGCCAGAGCAUGCAGGUUCUCGAGCUCGAGUCGCGAGUAGAGCAACUCAUCGCCGAGAACCGUGCCCUGCAAGAUGCAAGGACCCAAGCAGAGGCCCACACCACCAACCGCGCCACCAGCACGCUCGCUGAGCGCGACACCGAGAUCGAGGCCCUCAAGCAAUCCCUCGACUUCAUGCGCAAGGAGGUCCAGCGCCUGACUGAGGUCAACGAGGGCCUGAACAGCGCUAUCCAGCAACACGCUGUCCAGCACGAUGACAGAUACCGCCUCCUCGAAAACCAGCAUGCCGAGGCGACCAGGGAGCUGCUCGAGCACCGCGACCGCCACGACUCUCAUUCUCAGACAAUUGAAGAGAAGGACCAAGAGAUCAAGAGCCUGCGUGAGCAGCUCGAGGCCACAAAGGAGCAGAUCCGCGAGAUGCAAAAGCAGAUCCUGGCCACCAAGCCAGCCGACAGCGACUUCCUGCGCAUCAAGGACGUCGACUAUUUCGACCAUCGCUGUCAGCAACUCUGCUCCCACGUACAGCAGUGGGUGCUGCGCUUCUCCAAGUUCUCAGACAUGCGCGCCUGUCGCUUGACCAGUGAGUUGAACGAUGAAAAGAUCAUAGACCGCCUGGACAAUGCAGUCCUCGACGGGUCCAACGUCGACCACUACCUCAACGACAGGGUCAGACGUCGCGACGUCUUCAUGUCCGUGACCAUGACCAUGAUCUGGGAGUUUGUCUUUACCCGCUAUCUGUUCGGCAUGGACCGCGAACAGAGGCAGAAGCUGAAGAACCUGGAGAAGCUUCUCUUAGAAGUCGGGCCCCCGCAGGCAGUGCGCCAAUGGCGUGCUGUGACCCUGACACUGCUGUCAAAGCGGGAGCCCUUCAAGGACCAGCGCGACCAGGACACCGAGGCCGUCGUCCAGGCUGUCUUCCAGACCCUGUCCAUGAUCCUCCCCCCUCCGUCCAACCUGGAGGAUCAGAUCCAGGGCCAGCUGCGCAAGGUCAUGCGCGAGGCGGUCGACCUCAGCGUCGAGAUGCGCACCCAGCGUGCAGAGUACAUGAUGCUGCCGCCGCUGCAGCCCGACUACGACGCCAACGGCGACCUGGCCGAGCCGCACCCCUUCAACUCGGCCCUGAUGAACGAGCGCUCGGGCGACAAGAACGCCACCACUGACAACGACGAGCUCGAGGCCCAGGGCGCCGUCGUCCGCGUCGUGCUGUUCCCGCUUGUCGUCAAGAAGGGUGACGACGACGGCGUUGGCGAUGACGAGAUCGUCGUCUGCCCUGCCCAGGUCAUAGUCGCGAGGCCAAGGAGCAAGAGCAGGCAUUCGUACAGGGCACCAUCCUCGGAUGCAGGCGGCGUGAGUCUGUUGAGGGGAGGGAGCCCCAGCACGGCUCCGAACAGGAGCAAUGUGAGCAUGACGGAUGCUCCUGGCAUGGCUCCCGGUAUGGAGGGGGCCAUCUGA